UGAUGACAGAGAAGAAAUUGGCGAGACGUCACGAUUUGUUUGCAAUUCUUACGACAAUUUGUUUCCAGAAACUAUAAUUCUUUAGUUAGCUUACAAUUUCCCUCUAGCCAUCCCAGACCUCUAACAUGCGAUUAUAUUCGUGCAAAGUGUCCGCCUAGCAUGGAUUUGCUGAGAAGCUAAAUGGCGCAAUUUACCUGGCACCCAAAACACUCACACAAUGGCCAUCCCAGUGAUUCUGCAGCGAGAUCCAGUGACUUCAAUGUACGCCUCUGCUCCACCACGGAUGUACAACUGAGAUUUCUCUGUCCGGACGAUUUGGAGGAGGUUCGGACAUUAUGUCUCGAUUGGUUUCCCAUUGACUACCCACUCUCCUGGUAUCAGGACAUAACAUCAUCUGAGCGCUUUUUUGCCCUAGCCUGUGUCUACAAUUUCUCCAUCAUUGGACUUAUUGUGGCGGAAAUUAAGCCCUACACCAUUCUCAAUUAUGAGGAUCGUGGUAUACUACCCGAAUCCAUGGGAAAGAAUUCCGAAGUUGGAUACAUCCUUUCAUUGGGUGUCCACAAGAAGCACCGAAGGAAUGGCAUUGGAUCACUCCUACUUGAUUCGCUUAUCAACCACCUGACUACAGCCGAGAGGUACAAAGUCAAAGCAAUUUUUCUUCAUGUACUCACUACGAAUCAACCAGCGAUACUCUUCUAUGAAAGCCGAGGGUUUAUUCUCCACUCGUUCCUGCCUUUCUACUACUCCAUCCGGGGGAAAAGCAAAGAUGGUUUUACGUAUGUUUCCUACUUGAAUGGAGGUCACCCACCGUGGACUCUAUAUGAUCAUUUGAAGCACUGGUGCUCACUCGUGACAAGAGCUGGAGGACUCUGCUCGUGGAUUGGCAAUCGCGUAAGGAAUGCUCUACGCUGGAUUUGCUAUCGUACCAUGUCAAGUAUAACAGGCAACAACUAAUGAGUGCAAUGCAACAAAAUGAGCCAGUGAACAAUGCCACCAAACGAAUUGGUGUGAAAGGUGUGUAAGAGGUGUUUUGAAAGGAUUCAUCAAUUUAACAACACGAAAAAAAUGACUACCUACCUAUUACUUUAGAAUGGAUCCAGAAUCAAAGUGUUUUUAUAUAUAGAGGGCAUUCAACCAAAAAAAAAGUCAUAUAGCGAAUGUAUUUUGUAAUCCUAGAUUGCGUAAAUAACUUUCAAUACUCUUUGUCAAUCAAUGUAAGACGUUGUAAAUCUUUUCUAUAGGAAAUUCACGGAGAAUUUAUUUUAUUUUACGCAGGAAUAUGGUUGCAUUUUGUGAAAGAAAAAAAGGUAAACCUGAAUUUAUAUUUCGAGCUGCAAUAGCCAAAAAAACAACUAAUAAGAUUAUCCUACAAUUGAAAUAAAACUUUUUAAGAGAUUCUUUAUGUGCCUUAAGUUUCAGUCAGAUUUACAAUAAUAUAUUUUUUAUUUUGACUCUAUCGCGGCCCCGAAACAUCUCGAGAACUAUUUUUAAUCAAACUUGUGUUAUCGAUUUAUUUUAAAUAAACUGUAAUAUUUUUUUUUUUUUUCAAAACGCUCACUGUGAGAAAGACACUAUGUAUUAAUGGCGAAAAAAAAUUGUGUACAUAAAGUAGAAAAAGAAUUUAUCCUUUUGUAGAGAAUGUUUAUAUGUAUAAGAAAAAAAAGAAAAGAGUUUGAAGCCAAAAGUAAAAUAUUUAAGAGAAUUUAAUAGUUCAAUAAAUAUAUUCACAGCAA